AUGUCUAUGGAUCUGGAUGCCCCCGUCUAUUUCGAGCAGCAGGAGAAAGUCGCAGCAACCAUCUUGUGUUGCAACUGUGGCGCUGCCAUCGAUGGAACACUCUCGGCUGGAGCCUUAUGUUCUGAUUGCAUUCGUCUGACUGUCGAUGUUGCCGGAGGUGUUCAACGCGAAGCGGUGAUUCACUGCUGUAGGGAUUGCGAACGGUGGUUGCAGCCCCCCAACAGCUGGGUCGUUGCAGCUCUUGAGUCGAAGGAACUACUCGCCAUUUGUCUACGCAAGCUCCGUGGUCUGAACAAAGUCCGAAUCAUUGACGCUAGUUUCAUUUGGACGGAGCCCCAUUCGAAGAGAUUGAGGUUGAAAAUCACCAUCCAAACGGAGGCCUUCCAAGGCACUAUCAUUCAGCAACAAUUUGAGGUUGAAUAUGUUAUUGCUAAUCAACAAUGUCCUGGUUGUCAGAAGAGUUAUACGCACCAUAGUUGGGAAGCAUCUGUGCAGGUCAGACAGAAGGUCCCUCACAAGCGGACCUUUUUGUACCUGGAACAGCUUAUCCUCAAACACAACGCCCACAAGGAUACCGUCAACAUCAAGGAAGUGAAUGAGGGUCUUGAUUUCUUCUUUGCAAAGAGAAACGAAGCCGAGCGUAUGAUUUCAUUCUUAUCAGGCGUCGUACCAUGUACAGUCAAGAAGAGCCAUGAAUUAAUUUCAAUGGAUAUCCAUACUUCGACGAGCAGCUAUAAGUUUAAUUUCUCAGUUUCUAUCAUCCCUAUCUGCAAGGAUGAUCUGGUUGCCCUGCCGAUUAAGCUAGCCCGCUCAUUGUCUGAUAUAAGCCCACUCGCUAUCUGCUACCGGGUAGGCACGUCUAUCAAUCUUAUGGACCCUUGCACUCUCCGGACAACCGAUCUUCCUACGAGCACUUACUGGCGCCAACCAUUCCCGAAUCUUGCAGAUACCACUGAGCUUAGGGAAUUCAUUGUCUUGGACAUUGAAUCCACCGGCCACUCUAAUGGCCGGUACCUCCUAUCUGAGGCCACAGUUGCUCGCGCUUCAGAUCUAGGAUCUAACGAUACCACCUAUUUCACACGGACUCACCUCGGUGGUGUUCUACACGUGGGUGACUCUGUUCUCGGAUAUCACUUGUCAGGAACCCAGUUCAACAAUGAUCAAUUCGAUGCAAUUGAGAACAGCAACCAGUACAGCUCAACAAUCCCGGAUGUGGUCCUUAUCAAGAAGCACUACGUCCGCAGCAAGAAGUCCAAGGCUCGCAGCUGGCGUUUGAAGCGCAUGGCUCGCGAGCACGAAGAGGAGGCGACUGCUGCUGUAGUCAAUGUCCCCACAACCAAGCGCCAGGAGCAGGAGCAGGCCAGGAUGGAACAAGAUUACGAAAUGUUUUUGCGUGACGUCGAGGAAGACGAGGAGCUUCGCCAAACGCUUGAUCUGUACAAGAACCGACAAUACAAAGUCAGGGCAGACCAGAUGGACGAGGAUGGCGAUGAUGAGAUGGACGAAGAUGGAAACGCCGUGCCGAAAAUCAACAUGGAUGAACUGCUUGAUGACUUUGAUGAAUUGAACAUGGAGGACAACUAG